GUGAGAAUUUCCUGAGGACAGGAGUCAGCACAGGUUAUUGUUGCUGGAGUUAACAGUGAGGACAGGAUUACCGGUUAUUGUUGCUGGAGUUUACAGUGAGGACAGGAUUACCGGUUAUUGUUGCUGGAGUUUACAGUGAGGACAGGAUUACCGGUUAUUGUUGCUGGAGUUUACAGUGAGGACAGGAUUACCGGUUAUUGUUGCUGGAGUUUACAGUGAGGACAGGAUUACAGAUUAUUGUUGCUGGAGUUUACAGUGAGGACAGGAUUAAAGAUAUAUGUUAGGUUGAGCCAUCAUAUCCCACCAGCCCAUGUGGAUCAACUGAUUGACUGGUUGCAGACAGAUAGAUGAAUCCACCUCAAACGAACCAAGAUGGACCCCAGUCUGGAUCUGAACCCCAGUUGACAUGCUCUAGUCAUGUGUCCCUCUCUCAGCGGUGAUGUAAGACAGCCAUUAUCAAGUCUGUUUGGUCUUCCUAACUGAUCGUGAUCCUUUCUGAGUUUUGGACUAGCUGAUUAGCUGAGACCGUCCUCAGGAGGAAGGAGGAACUACUUUGGAUGUAUUAAAUGAGUUGAGUCUGGCGAUUUUGAGGAGGAACUACUUUUCCCAUGGCCACUAGGGCUUGACUCUGGCUAUUCUGAAGAGGAACUACUUUUCCCAUGGCCACUAGGGCUUGACUCUGGCUAUUCUGAAGAGGAACUACUUUUCCCAUGGCCACUAGGGCUUGACUCUGGCUAUUCUGAAGAGGAACUACUUUUCCCAUGGCCACUAGGGCUUGACUCUGGCUAUUCUGAAGAGGAACUACUUUUCCCAUGGCCACUAGGGCUUGACUGUCUAUUCUGAAGAGGAACUACUUUUCCCAUGGCCACUAGGGCUUGACUCUGGCUAUUCUGAAGAGGAACUACUUUUCCCAUGGCCACUAGGGCUUGACUCUGGCUAUUCUGAAGAGGAACUACUUUUCCCAUGGCCACUAGGGCUUGACUCUGUCUAUUCUGAAGAGGAACUACUUUUCCCAUGGCCACUAGGGCUUGACUCUGGCUAUUCUGAAGAGGAACUACUUUUCCCAUGGCCACUAGGGCUUGACUCUGGCUAUUCUGAAGAGGAACUACUUUUCCCAUGGCCACUAGGGCUUGACUCUGUCUAUUCUGAAGAGGAACUACUUUUCCCAUGGCCACUAGGGCUUGACUCUGGCUAUUCUGAAGAGGAACUACUUUUCCCAGGAGCACUAGGGCUUGACUCUGGCUGUAUGUCACCAAAGGAUGGAUGAGACCCCAGACAUCAGUAGUGACUCAGACAGGGAGUGCUGCCUAGGCUCCUGCUGUGGUGACCCCACCCUCACCCCACUGACCCUGCCCAACCUCACCCCCCUACCCACCAUCGGUCCUCCCUCGGACCACCACACCCCCCUCUCCUCCGUUCACGGACCCCCCAGAGAAAAUCGAGGAGGAUGUUCUGGAGGAGUUAAACUACGCAUCAAAAACAGACGCAGCGAGCCUGUCUCCAGACCUCACUCGUGGCACGCCACCAAGCUAGGCGAGGGCCAGCCAGACCCCAGCAUGAUGCAAAUAUCCCAGGACCCUCCUUGGCAUCACACCUACCCCUCCAGUGCGUCUACUACAGACCUGUCGGCCUACGACCCAGGUUACCUGAGGAAGAGUCCAGACCAGUACAGUUCUAGAGGAAGUAUGGAGAGCCUUGGGGAACACCACGGCCACCCAGCCUACAGCUCUUCCUGCCACCAGCUGUCUGCCUCCAAGUCCUCCAACAGCAUGGACCACCUUCACAGCAAGAGAGACUCAGCCUACUCCUCCUUCUCCACCAGCUCUAGUAUCCCAGAGUACCUUGCGGCCGCUCCGACCUUUGGUAAAGAGAGAUCGUACUCCAUGGAGACGGUUCCGCAGAGGGGCGGGAUUAGUGGAGGGGGCGGGGCCGGGGCAGAGGGAAUGCAGCAAGCUGACAUCCGAUAUGUCCAUACGGUCUACGACCCCCAGCAGGGCGGUGCUCAGGAGCACGAGGUUAGCUCCGCCUCUGCUGCAUUACUACGCAGCCACGAGACUGGCAGGGCGGGGUCUUGUAGUGUGGGCGGGGCCGCCUGUUACCGCGCCACCAGUAGCAGUGGCGGAAGCAGCGGUGGUGGUAACCAUGGUAAUAACCCCAACCGUCACAGUGUUGGGCCCAUUUGGGGUCAGAGCGCCAGCCGCAGUUCCUACGAGAGCCUGAAGGGGGCGCCGGCUCCUCCCAUGCGGAGCGACAGCUACGCGGCUAUCAGGAACCAUGAGAGACCAAACUCGUGGUCCAGCCUGGAUCAGGCUCGCUCCCUCAGGGCUCUCCACAAGGGGUCCACCUCCUCCUGGUACCACUCCUCUGGCUCCGUGGCCUCCGGCUCGGGGAAGGGCUCCUACGGGGCCGAGGGCCAGCUCCAUACCGUCAUAGAGAAGAGUCCUGAGAGCAGCCCCACCACCAAGCCCAAACAGGGCGUGGGUCAGGGCUUCCCGCCGCCCCCCGAGCCCCAGCAAACAUCCACCCAGUCUGGCUGCCUCAUGCUGCCCCAGGGCAUCUACCCUGUACCCCCACUGGAGCCCCACUAUGCCCAGAUGCCCACCAGCAGCCCCAACCCCAGCAGCAUGUACCCAGCCCUGGCCAGGGAGAGCAGUCUGAGCAGACAGAGAGAGGUCCAGGGGUUAAGGCUGGGGGUCAGUGUGGAUACAGGGAUGGCGGUAGUGGUGGAGAAUGGAUACCAAAGCAACCCCUCUAUAUCCUCCUAUGUCACUUCCUCUGGCCAGUCUCAGCAUCCUGACUUUGCUCAGCCUCCACCCAAACAGCCAGCUCAUCCAACCCAACCCGCAGACAGAGUGGGGGGAAAGUCAGGGUACGAGGAGACCCAAACUAAACUGGGUCUCUACAGGUCUCAUCUGAAGGGAGAGGGACAGACCGUAUCCCAAAGGCAGAGCCAGAGGAGCCAAGGACAGGGACAGGGUCAGAGCCAGGGUCAGGAUCAGGGACAGGGUCAGAGCCAGGGUCAGGGACAGGAUCAGGGACAGGAUCAGGGACAGGGACAGGGUCAGAGCCAGGGUCAGGAUCAGGGACAGGGUCAGAGCCAAGGCCAGGGUCAGAGCCAAGGCCAGGGUCAGGGUCAGAACCAGGGUCAAGGACAGGGUCAGAGCCAGGGUCAGGGUCAGAGCCAAGGCCAGGGACAGAGCCAGGGUCAGAGCCAAGGCCAGGGACUGGGUCAGAGCCAAGGCCAGGGUCAGGUGUCCAGACUCUCCUCAGUCCAUUCUAUAGGCCAGGCUAUAGGCCAGUCUAUAGGCCAGUCUAUAGACCAGGAGAGAAGGGACCCAUACACUCCAGUCCAACCGCGGGGAGAGAGGCUACCCAGGUACUCCCAGGGCUCAGAGAGCUGCCCUGAGCACCAUCGACAGGGCCAGAUCAGGGAGGAAGGGCAGGUCAGACACACAGAGCCCAGUCACUACACUAGUCACCCAGUGGCAGGCACCACCAUGCCCAGUAAGAUCGCACAGGGACAUGUUCCCCAGGGGAGCAACAGCAGUAGUACCCCAGCACAGGUGUCUGACCAGCGGGUAGAGCAGAGGGCCCAGGGGCCUGACCAGCAGGUAGAGCGGAGGGCCCAGGGGCCUGACCAGCAGGUAGAGCAGAGGGCCCAGGGGCCUGACCAGCAGGUAGAGCAGAGGGCCCAGGGGCCUGACCAGCAGGUAGAGCAGAGGGCACAGGUGUCUGACCAGCGGGUAGAGCAGAGGGCCCAGGGGCCUGACCAACAGGUAGAGCAGAGGGCCCAGGGGCCUGACCAGCGGGUAGAGCAGAGGGCCCAGGUGUCUGACCAGCAGGUAGAGCAGAGGGCCCAGGGGCCUGACCAGCAGGUAGAGCGGAGGGCCCAGGGGCCUGACCAGCAGGUAGAGCAGAGGGCCCAGGUGUCUGACCAGCGGGUAGAGCAGAGGGCCCAGGUGUCUGACCAGCGGGUAGAGCAGAGGGCCCAGGGGCCAGACCUUCAGGUCAAUGACCAUAGAUCCAGGUCCCCCCUCUGGUACUACAGCGAUCCAAUUCCCCCCCAACCGCAGAGGGACCAGAGGGGACCAGAGCACCCCGUGACCCAGCUGCAGAACGUCCUAGCAGAUGUCCAGCGUUGUGACAGUCCAGAGAGCUCCGGCAACAGCCAGAGUAGCCACCAGAGGAGCCUCUCUGUUCUGGAGAAAGUGAACCGCUUCGAGGGCCGCGAGCAGAGCCAUGGGCAGGGGAAGCAGAGGAGUAAAAGCACCAGCGCCAACCACACCAACCAGAGGCCCUCCUCCUCCCGUCCAACCCAGCCCCAGUCUCAGCCCCAGUCUCAGCUCCAGUCUCAGCUCCAGUCUCAGCUCCAGUCUCAGCCCCAGUCUCAGCUCCAGUCUCAGCUCCAGUCUCAGCCCCAGUCUCAGCCCCAGUCUCAGCCCCAGUCUCAGCCCCAGCACCAUGAGAGGGCUGGUAUGGAUGACCUGCGUAGCACGCUGGAGAGAACUAGCAGCCCCAGCAGCACCUGCAGAACACUGAGCUCCUCCUCUAGCUCACAUCAUUGGAAAACAACGGUGGCCCACGAGGGUCAUCAUUACGCAGAGCAGCAGAGGCCAGGGAGUUGUGACCAGACCCAGAGCUCCAGGUACCCCCAUCACCACCACCCUAAUCCACAGGACCCUCACCCUGGCUCGGCCCUGCAGAGGAGCAGGAGCACCUUCCAACUGGGGAGCCAGGAGGGCCACGACAGAGACAGGGAUGGGGACAGAGAGUUCCAUUGGAGGGAUGACCUGCAGGACCUACUGGGGACCAUCCAGGACACGUCCUUUAACCGGGCCUACAGGAACAGUAUCAAGGACGCCCAGUCCAAGGUGCUCAGAUCCACCUCCUUCAGACGCAGGGAUCUGGGAAUCAGCGUCAGUGGGAGUGUUAACAACCACUCCCCUCCCAUCCCCGCCAAGCACUUAUCUCUGGAGAGGAAGGCACCUAAGACCAGCCCCAAACCCUCCAUUGUCUCCACUACUGUCCAAGCCUCCACCCGGGCCCUUGCCCUAGCUACCUCCACUCACACCCCCAAAGAAAGGCUUACGGUCACUGUCCCAGACCCAAUCCCAGCCCCAGCCACCUUUCCCUCGCCUCACACCCCCAAAGAGAGGCUUACGGUCACUGUCCCAGACCCAGCCCCAGCCACCUUUCCCUCACCUCACACCCCCAAAGAGAGGCACGUUGUCACCCCAGAGCCCGAUAGGUUCGGUCCCCCAGAGCUCCUCAGCGUCCUGGCCAUAGGCCCACCAGUCCCGGCCCGUAUCGGUGGGCGUAAGCGACUCACCAUGGAGAAGAAGAAGAGGUCCUACUCCGAGCCUGAGAACAUGCAUGAGGUGGGGUUGGAGUCUGACCCAAGGAGGACUAGCCAGCACCAGCUGUUCCUUUUACCAGGUACAGAGACCAGCGUGGCGGACCGCAGGAGGAUGUUUGAGAUGGCUGCCAGUCGCAGCCUGAGCUCCAGCUCCCAGGCUCCCCAGCGCCUCCAGGGCUCCCAGGCUCCCCAGGGCUCCCAGGCUAGUUUAGCCAUGUCCCGGCCGGAGCUCCGGCAGCUGCAGCAGGACGCUCUGGCCGACUACAUGGAGAGGAAGAGAAGCUGGAGAACAGACAGGGAUAGGGACAGGUCAGCGGGAGGGCGUGCCCACCGUGACCGCCCUCACAGCGCCUACCUGCAGCCCUUUACAGACACCCGGAGUGUUUCUUCAACCUCCACCACCAGCCUAGCCUCUCUUCAGGAGCCUCUUGGUCAAGACAGCAGUCUCUCUGGUGGGGGAAGGCUCUGCUCCACCCUGCCUCCUGGCCUCCAGGGCUUCUAUCCAGGCAGGGUCACUGCACCACGCAUCCAGGCCAAGGCCCCAGCCUCAAUCUCCACCACCCACCCAGACACCUUGGGAUUCCACAGGCUACUGGAGGGAGAGCUGCCCAGAUCCAGCCUUGGUAGAGAAGAACCAGCCAAGGACUAUGAUUCACUCCAGAGCCAGGAGUUUUUCCUGCGAGGCGAUGGAGCCUUUGAGAGGGCAGUUCCAGCCCGGAACUCUGGCAAGUCAGCCUCUGCGGAGGACCUGCUGGAGCGCUCUGAGAGGCCUGAACCCCAGCACUUCAGGUCUCGCUCCUCGCCCUCUGGCGAGAGGCUAAAUCAGGACUUCAUGGCAGGAGGAGAUCUGAGGAUGUAUGGGACAUUCUCUACUGAGCCCAGGCUUUUCACAAACAACGACAACAACAGGUCCAUGGACAACCAGCAUCCUGACAGACCGGUCUCUGCCUCCCAGUCCAUGUCCCAGUCCCAGUGUGCAGAUACCCACUUACUACUGACCCAAAGCCCGUUCCAAAGCAACACCCCUGUGAUGAGGAGAGAUAGACUGAAGAACCCCGACCGCCAGCGGGCCCUUAGUGCCUCCAGCCUGGCUGCCUCUGUAGGUCUCCCCUGCCCCUUCUCCCCCCCAGGCACCAGCCCCACUAUCAGCUUGGACUGGCAGGCCAAUGAGAGGUUGAGCCAGGCCAACCUGGAUGCCAUAGCCUUCCCAACCCUGCUGCAGACCGCCACACUCGGGACCAUAUCCCCAGAGGCUCAGGUUCACCCAGAGGUCAGAAGAAGCCCCACAGACCAUCUACAGCAGGUCAUGGCCCAGGGCCAGAACCAGGGCUCCUUAGACACCAGCACCUCAGAGGAGGAGACCCUGAAAGACUUCCCCAGACAGAAAGAGGGGCCCUGCCCUCAAGCUUCAGCCGUUACACCAAAGACCAACCCACCCCUCGUCCUACCCAAAGCCUCCCCACCACCACCCCCAUUUAAAACCUCUCACAGACCACACACCCUGCUCUCCCUCCGCAUCUCAGAGUCCACUCUGCAAGAGACCUCAUCCCUACAAGUAGAGCCACACCUAGCCCCUCCCACAGUCUCACUACAGGACUAUGACGAGGUAUUCCUCCAGGAACCGGCCCCUCCCUCCCCUAUUCCUCCCCCGCUCCCAAUCAGGGAGACGGACAUCACAGAGUACUUCCCUCCGCCGCCUCCCCCUCUCCUGCCCCCCUCCUCACUCCCAGACAGAGAGGAGAAGGAGGAGGAGAAUCAUCAUGGACCUGGGCUACAGCACCUCAACAGCUGUGAGUUCCCAUUUCUCCCCUCCUCCUACCGUCAGACAGUCCCCCCCUCUAUCCCCCUGUCUGUCUCUCCGAGGCCAAGCCGUACCCCUGAGCCCCAGCCUGAGACCCCCACCACCCUCAGCAGCAGUUUCCCAGAGCCCCAGCAGGGGCCUAGCGGUGAGGAAAGCCUGGGGCAAGAGUACCAUCUCCCGGCCAGGAGGGAGAGGUCUGCUGGGGAGCUGAGGGUGGAGGCCCUGGCCAGACAGCUGGUGUCCCGGGGAGAUAAGAGCCUGACCCCGAUGCUGGACAGCUGGGCAGAGGGCGGACGGACCAUGGACCUAAUGGAGGAGAUCUUCCCCGCGGGGGGAGGGAGGUUGCUGUGGCAACGCCGCAGGACCAGCACCUGUCUGGAGGACAGAAGUCAAGAUGGUGUCUGUUCUAUAGGACCCAAUCUGCUGCAGAGAACAGAGGGAGGAGGAGGAGCAGGAGGAGGAAGAGGAGGAGGAGGAGGCGAGGUGGACACAGAUCUGGAUGAGGAUGAGACAGACUUCAAUCAGAAGGUGGAGCUACUCCAGGCCCUGACUCUGAGCGUUACCUCCUUGCGAGAGGAGAAGGAGGUUCUGGCGGAGGAGCAGAAGAGGUUCCGGGCCCUAGGGGGCCACAUGGAGAGCCUGGUUCAGGAGCGCUGUAAGCCCAACGAGAGGGAGAAGUACAAGAUGCUCAUCGGGGACAUGGAUAAGAUAGUCAACCUUCUGCUGUCUCUGUGUGGCCGGCUGGCCCGGGUCCAUAACGCUCUCUCUGCCCUGGACAGAGAGGAGGAGACAGAGGACAGCCAAGAGGAAAGGGAGUCCUUACAGCAGAAGCGCAGGCAGCUGUGUAGUCAGCACGAGGAUGCCAGGGAGCUGAAGGAGAAUCUGGACCGGCGGGAGCGUGUGGUACUGGACAUCCUGGGUGGGUACCUGACUGGGCCGCAGCUUAGAGACUACCAGCACUUCGUCUGUAUGAAACCAGCCCUGCUGAUCCGCCAGAGACUCCUGGAUGAGCUCCUUAAGCAGUGGGAUGAACAGCUCAGCAGGCUGGCUGAGAGUAUCUCUCCAGGGGAUCAUCAGGCCCAGCCCCGCUCACCUAUCCCUGGGUUGAACCCCAGCCUCGGCUCUAACCUUAGAGCUCCCAGCCCUAACCUUAGAGCUCCCAGCCCUAACAUUGGUCCUACCCAAACAGUCCGCUCCACCACUGUGACAUCACUGUGACAUCACCCCAACAACAACACUGCUCCUGGUCACUCCUACAAUUGCUGUGUCUCUGACUCAGUGGGAGGAGCACCAUGAGUCUGGCGAGUAAGAUACAACAGUACUUGGUUGAAGAGAGAGAUACAGUUCAUCCAGUUCUGCUCUAUAUGAAGCAGGAAGGAUGUCUGUCGGUCUGUCCCCUUGUUGCAGACAGACCGACAGACAGACAGACAGACAGACAGACAGACAGACAGACAGGCAGGCAGGCAGGCAGGCAGGCAGGCAGGCAGACAGGCAGGCAGGCAGACAGACAGACAGACAGACAGACAGGCAGGCAGACAGGCCAGUAGACCGACAAGCAGACAUACAGACAGGCAGACAAGCAGACAGACAGGCAGACUGCAUUCAGACAGACAGGCAGACAGACUGCAUUCAGACAGACUGGCAGACAGACUGCAUUCAGACAGACUGGCAGACAGACUGCAUUCAGACAGACUGCAUUCAGACAGACUGGUAGACAGACUGCAUUCAGACAGACUGCAUUCAGACAGACUGGCAGACAGACUGCAUUCAGACAGACUGCUUUCAGACAGGUUGCAUUCAGAGAGACUGGCAGACAGACUGCAUUCAGAGAGACUGGCAGACAGUCUGCAUUCAGACAGACUGCAUUCAGACAGACAGGCAGACAGUCUGCAUUCAGACAGACUGCAUUCAGACAGGUUGCAUUCAGACAGACUGCAUUCAGAUAGACUGGCAGACAGACUGCAUUCAGACAGAUGAUCGAUGCAUUCUUGUGCCUCUAUUUAUGCUUCCUAUGUUACUCAAGCUUUUUCACAUAUCUGUAUUCUGACUGGCCACUCAGCAUGUCUUUGGUUGAUUCAAUACACUGUUGAGGUACCUAGUUGUAUUCAUACGAGUGGAUCAAAGCUUUGAGAGUAACGAUGGUGGAUGUACAACUUCCUGUCAAGAAAUGUUGUUCCCCAUAUAUUUAUAACAUUACUACUGCCUUUACGUUUGUAUAUCACUACAGCUGAGCACUUUUUUGGGGUGCAGUUUUAACUACUGAUUGGUCAGAAUGGUCAGAAUCACAGAACUAGAAUGGCUUCUAUUUCUCAUUUCUGUUCCUAUUGGUCAGGAGGAACCAGACCUGAAAUGUUCAAAUCAAAUCAAAUAGGUCUGUUUUCUUUACCAACAUAAUAGCACGCUCUCACACAUAUUAAUAUGUAGUCACAAUCUAAGGCAAUAUUAUGCUUCAAACACUUCUAAUUCAGACUCGAAAAAUGAUAAGUUUGUGAUAAAAGCUACCAUGACAUUGACAACAACUGCUAUAAUUAUUUAUAUCAUAAAUAAAAAAAGCAAGUGGCUGUACAUAUGGUGUCUGCUAACCUCUUAUGAUUUUUAAUAUGUAGACGACAAACAAACAAAAAAAAACAUUUUAUAUUUUUUGGAAACUGAAAAACAAAUAUGUGAAAUUUAAAACAAAUGUGAUUUCUCUCAGAGAAGGCAAGAUGAUGUCAUGAUGAUGUAAUGUUCUAGAAUUUGUGAAUUCAACUAAACUUUUCACCGUGUCAUUGGAAUUAGGUUAAAAGUUGGGUGAAAAAAAACUAGACUAAAUAUCCUUUUGUUGAUUACUUUUUGCUAAAUCUAAUCUGUUUUCUAUGUUGAUUCAACACUCAUCACAUUGAUUUGUUGGGUUUGAGAUGACGAGGAAACAACCUUGAUUCAACCCGUUUUUGCCCAGUGGGAAGUGUGUGUGUGUGUGUGUGUGUGUGUGUGUGUGUGUGUGUGUGUGUGUGUGUGUGUGUGUGUGUGUGUGUGUGUGUGUGUGUGUGUGUGUGUGUGUGUGUGUGUGUGUGUGUGUGUGUGUGUGUGUGUGUGUGUGUGUGUAGUGUCAGUGUGAGUGUGUGUGACUCCUUGCUUGUUUUCCCUCCCAAAAUGUACUAUGCCAAUUGAUAUUGUUGUGUCCUUUUGAGAGAAGAAGCAUCUACAUAUCCUAAUUUGAGUCAAAUAUACUGUAUCAGGCACAUAUUCAUGUUACCAUUUUCACCAAUAAUGGUGCCAUCCAUAUUUUUCUUCAUAGCUUUUCAGAAGCAUAACUGAAUUCUCAGAUUUGACAGAUUUUCCUAAUCAAAAUUCCAUGUAUCAAUCGUGCUUUACGAAGCGUAGGAGAAGGGAGGCUGAUUGGAAAAAAAGAUCCUUGUUUUACAAAUAAAUCUAUUUUUUAAACAGA